AUGGCGACGAGUAAAAUGUUUGUCAGGGGACUAAGAGACUCUGAUAUACGUCUUCAUCUUCUUCAAGAUAAACUAUUGCAACCGUUUAAAGAAGUAGUCGAGAAGGCCAUUGGAACAUUGGAACUAGCGAAAAGUGAGAGCAGAAUAGUUAAGACAAAUGAAAAUCGAGAGGAAGUACACCAAGUAUCGAGCAAGAACAAACACCUGGAUAAAAAAGUAGAGAAAGAACUUGAACGACUGGAAACUUUGGGUAUAAUCACACAAGUCGAAUCAUCUGAUUGGGGCACACCAAUUGUUCCGGUCGUCAAACCAAAUGGUUCAGUCAGAAUAUGCGCUGAUUACAAGGUGACAUUGAACAAAGUCAUCAAAGACGAACACUACCCUAUACCUCGGAUCGACGAUAUCAUUACCGUGUUGGCUAAGGAAACUAUCAACGAUUCUGUGUUGGGUCCAGUCCUACAGGCCUUAAAAUCAGGACAAUCUGUCGAACAAUAUGGAUUUCACGAUAACGAGCUGUCCAUUCAAGAUGAUUGUGUACUGAAGGGCUGGAGAGUCAUGAUACCUCAAUCCCUCAAACCUCACGUGCUUCGAGAAUUACACGUAGCUCAUUUAGGAGAAAUAAAAAUGAAGGCUUUAGCUCGCAGUUUUUGCUGGUGGAAAAGUAUAGACAAGGAUAUUGAACAGAUGGUAGCUGAAUGUCGACAAUGCUUAGAACAAUGCAACAACCCGAGAAAAACUAUCCAUCCAUGGGAACAACCUACUAAUCCAUGGGAGAGAGUGCACAUCGAUUUCUUAGGACCAACAGAUGGCCAACAGUACCUCAUAUUAGUGGAUGCUUUUAGUAAGUGGGUGGAGGUGAUACAGACAAGAACAACUACAAGUACAUGGACAGUCCAAGAAUUACGGAAAAUCUUUUCAACUUUUGGGUUUCCUCAAAUCUUAGUUUCAGAUAAUGGAAGACAGUUUGUUUCCCAAGAGUUCAAAAACUUCAUGAAUGAAUGUGGGAUUGUUCACAGAACAACGGCACCAUAUCACCCAAACUCAAACGGCCAGGCUGAAAGAUACGUGCAGACUGUCAAGAAGGCGUUAAAAUCAAUGGAGGGAGAAAAGGGUACACUGCAAAAUAAAAUCCAAAGACUUGUAAUGCAACUCAGGCAAUCCCCGAAUUCAACUGGUACAUCAGCAUACCACCUAAUGUUUGGAAGGAGUGUAUGA